AUGGAACCUCAAUCAAGUGGAGUCGCUACCCCCAUAGCUGCAGCUUCAAGCAAUAACAUGAAAAGUGAUAUUCUCAAGAAUACGAACUCGACCGCCAGUCAUCAUGAUCAUCAAAUUGACUCACAUCUCAAGAAUGACCCCGUCGUCAUCAGCAAAAAUGAGCACUUACCAAAAAAUGCUGUCUCCAAUACAAGUCAUGAUUCGCGCUUUGCAAAAUCAAUCGGAAACACUUCUACAGACAAGAUCUCAUCACCAUCCGCUAGUUGUUUAUUCUUCCGCAAGAUCCCCCCAGAGACACGCAACAUGAUCUACAAGCUCUUGCUGGUAAAUCCUAUACUUGGCAAAAGCUGCAGUGUGGCCGAUCGUACUAGUUCGCCCAGAAGUCCUCCACCCAACGGACCAAGCCAGCCACCGCUGAAGUUUGAACUUGAAUCCCAAGUUCUUCGGGUUUGCCGCGUAAUGUACGUAGAAGCAUCGGAAAUCCUUUACGGGUCCAAUACGUUCUACAUCGCUUGCUGUAAAUACGGCUACUCAACAGAUUGUCAUCCAAGCCGCUCUGCAUUCAACAAAGGCAUCGAAAUGACACCCAUUACAAGGCAUUUUAACAGAUCAGGCCACGGUCAACUUUUUCUAUAUGAUCAUCCAGCAGUGGCAAAGGUUCAACGCUGGAAAGUUAUUGUCAGUUCAUUUAUGGAUUCAUAUUCAAUGGGAAGUUGUCAUGAAAUGAGGGUUUGGUCGAUAGGAAACUUUUGCCAAGCCAUCACUCAGUCCCCAUCCAUAUCUCUCGAGAUUGCACUAGCACCGAUUGGUUUGGAGAAGUCUGAUGAAUCACAUUGGGUUCGAGACGAUAUCAACUAUCAAGAAAUAAAGGAUAUGCUCAAUCCUCUACGAAUGCUACGAGGAGUCAAAAAGCUUCGAUUUCGAGAUGCAAGUUAUGACGAAUUACCAGAUGUCUACCCUUUCAAUGAAUUCUGGGGUAAGGAUUGUCGAUCGAUCAUCCCUUCCUCCAGUUUAAGAAAAGAACUCAGAUCAAUCGCAAUGGGCAACUCCGUGGUAGAGCUCUCUUACGGGAUGUAUCUUCGGCUCGUGCGUUAUGCACAGGCGUUUGAGGCAAUUGAUACUUUCAGGUCUGAAAUGCGUUACUCAUCUACUGGCAGUAUAGGCAUACAUUUGAUGCACUUCGGAUUGUGCCCUGGCAGCGAUCGUUGGAUGCACAGGCCCCACGAUCCAACUAUUCAAAACUCGCACCCCGUCGAAAGCGGUCUUUUAAAUGCGAGGAAUCUCUCAUUCUCAGAAUACAAUCCAAGAGCAUUCAAACUACAACGAGCCAGCAUCGUACAAUAUCUAGAACCACAAUAUCAAAGGGCAAAAUUGGCAUGUUUCAAUAUUACGGAGUUCAUCAAGUCCCAGAAGAGAAAGGACAGAAUGCUUUCGCCCAGAAUGACUCGCGAAUGGCACGCUCCCCUGGUUGCAGCAGAGGCUAUUCUACUACUGGAAAGAUAUCACCAAGCUCUUCAAAGAGAUUUUCCUUAUGCCGACCAAAUCAAAUAUCGAGCCAAUCGUCAAAGAGACACUCCGUUCUAUAACAAUCUCCCCCGAAACGUCCUCAUGAGACAGGCUACCGACGCUUUUGAAGGGAAGAAUUGGGCUUUUUUUGUGAGCUGCUUUAAAAGAAUGGUAGAUGAUCUGGAUAGACAAUUCAUGGAAAUGAGAACGGCGAGGAAAACGCUCUUUUCAGACGAUAAAUCAUUGGACAUCGGGUGUGACAUCGAGUUGGAUUCGAAGCUAUGCAUUGAAAUGGUUAACUGGACAAAAGACGAACCAGUAAUUGAGCUAGCGCCUAAAGACCGGUUGUGGAAUAGCUCGCAAGGUGGUUCGAAUAUUAGCUGGUCAGAUUGA